GAGAGAGACAGAGAGAGAGAGAGAGAGAGAGAGAGGGAGGAGAGAGAGAGAGAGGUUUCCUGCUGCACUCUUCCUUUGCACACGCAGUGUAAAUAUAAUCUGAUUCUCUCGUGGGUCGUCGGGCUCUCCCGCCAGCCUGUUUGUGGGCGCAUGAGGGUGUGAAGUUUGUAUCGAGCGACGCUGACAGCACAGAUUAGAUUCCUCCUCACACACAAAGGUUUGGGGCCUUGUAUCUGCUGUAGAGAGAGCCAUGUUGCUGGUGCCCGUGUGUGUGGUGCUGAUGUCCCUGGAGGGUGCCCUGGGAGGGGGGUACCCCUCUAUAGCCCAGCCCCUGCCCCAGGUGCAGUACCUGCAGCCCAUGAUGAAGGGCCCCCACGGGCCCCCGUUCAGAGAGGGGAAGGGCCAGCACCUGGAUGGUCCUCCCUUGAUGUCCCCUGGGGAGGCUGGCCCUCCGGGCAAGCCGGGCCCCAGGGGCCCACCGGGGCCACCAGGAGUUCCAGGAAAACCAGGGCUCGGAAUACCGGGAGUAAACGGAGAGCUGGGGCCCCCUGGGCCUCCUGGGAUUUCCGGGAUUGGGAAGCCGGGGUUUCCAGGGCUACCGGGGAAACCGGGCCCGAAGGGCGUGACUGGCGAGCAGGGUGAGGCCGGGGGGCAGGGCGAACCGGGCCCCAGGGGCCUCCCAGGACACCCCGGCCUGCCAGGGCCCGUGGGCCUGCCGCUGAACGGGAAACCGGGGUUCCCAGGCGGCCAGGGGCCCCCAGGGGCCCGAGGGGAGCCGGGGCAGAAAGGAAGCCCGGGUACCCCAGGAGAGCCCGGCCUAAGGGGGGAGAACGGGAACGGCGGUCCGGGUCUGCCGGGGCCCCGAGGGAACUCCGGCCCCCUGGGUCCUGUCGGGGCCCCCGGCGAGCCGGGCACAGGCAAACCAGGGGCUCCUGGGGUGCCGGGAGCGCUCGGCCCCAAAGGGGACCGAGGAGCGCCAGGAGAGCAGGGCCAGCCUGGGGAUCCGGGGCUUGGUGGCCAGCCUGGCCCUGUGGGGCCCGAGGGGAAGGGGAGACCCGGGUCAAAGGGCCCUCCAGGGCAGCCCGGACCCAGCGGCCCCAAAGGGGAGGCUGGAAUCAGAGGGAUUCCCGGGUCACCCGGCGCCCCGGGCUACGGCAGGCCCGGGCCGGUCGGGCCGAAUGGGGACCGGGGCCUAGCAGGCAGCCCAGGAGCCCCUGGAGGUAUGGGUGAGCCUGGGAAGGUUGGGGAGCCUGGAGACAGGGGACCCAACGGGCAGCCUGGUCCCCAGGGGCCCCAGGGCCCUGUAGGGCUCCCAGGGAAGCCUGGUGUUCCUGGUGCGAAGGGAGAAGUGGGCCCUUCAGGGCUGACAGGCCUGCCGGGGUUCAAUGGGGACCAGGGGCCUGUUGGGCUGUCUGGGACCCCAGGGACCCCAGGGGAGAGAGGCGUGGUGGGACCCAGCGGGGCCUCAGGAAAACCGGGCCCCAGAGGGGAGCACGGACAUAUCGGCCUGCCUGGCAACCCGGGUUUGACUGGGGCCUCGGGGGCCAAAGGGGAGCCGGGGUCAUCCGGGGCCCCUGGGCCGCGGGGGCAGUCUGGAACCCCCGGCCUUCAGGGGCCGAUGGGACCCGUCGGACCACACGGCAUUCCAGGUCCAAGGGGGGAGCCCGGCGUUCCGGGGCCCCCUGGGGCCGGCAGGAAAGGCGAUCAGGGAAUGUUGGGGCCACAGGGGCCCACAGGGAAAUCAGGACCCAACGGACCAAAUGGGCCUCCGGGCCCCCCCGGGCCCCCCGGACCCCCGGGUCCCACAGGUGUGCUGUUCAACGGCGAGACGCAGGUGUCGGGGCUGCAGGAGACUGACGUGGGCGGGGACCCCGUCCCUGGCGGGCGGGAGGACCGGCCGCAGUACGGAAACGGCGCGUUCUCCGCCACCGCGAUGCCGGCGUUCACCGCCAUCCUGACCACGCCCUUCCCGCCCUCCGGCGCGCCCGUAAAGUUCGACCGGACCCUGCACAACAGCCUGAAGGCCUACGACUCCGCCACCGGCAUCUUCACCUGCCCCCUCGCCGGCGUGUACUACUUCUCCUACCACGUGCACGUGAAGGGCGGCGGCCUCUGGGUGGCGCUGUACCGGAACAACGUGCCCGCCACCUACACCUACGACGAGUACAAGAAGGGCCACAUGGACCAGGCGUCGGGCGGGGCGGUGCUGCAGCUGCAGGAGCAGGACCAGGUCUGGAUCCAGAUGCCCUCUGACCAGGCCAACGGGCUCUACUCCACCGAGUACAUCCACUCCUCCUUCUCCGGCCUCCUGCUCUGUCCCACCCCCAUGGGCCUCCUGCCACACAGGACAUAGAGCAGCCCCCACCGCCCACCGCCCAAACCCCCCAAAGCAGAAAACACAGAAUGUCUGCUGCACUGAAGGAAAAAGCACUCUCUGCGUAAAUGACCAGGAAUCCUCUAUCAAACCCCCCUAACAGCGCAGGGCUCCCCCUUCAGGAGGGGUCUAGAACUGAAACGCAACCCUAACGACUGCCAUCUCCUCUGGUGCUUUAAACUGUCUAAUGAACUCAUUGGCCUUCCAGGUCAUUAUGCUACAUACGGCCCAAUACCAAAAAAAUGCAUCCUCCUUUCCUCCACUACCACCUCGUUUCCUCCGUGCCCCAGAAACGCAUCUUUGUGUCCUCCGUCCUUCCCUCCCUCCUCCCUCCUCCCUCCUCCCUCCUUCCUUCCUUCCCUCCCUCCUCCCUCCAGUGUCCCAAUAUCGGAGGAGACGAGGGAAGUGCACAGAACUGUUUUGGCGAAGCAGCUUCUGACUCGUCUCAUCCCCUCCUUUCCUCCACAUACUUCCGGGUUGGAGAGGAGUGGUAGUGGGGGA